AAAGAUGCCACUCAGUGAUCAGAGUAAGAGUUCCAGCGGAAACUCAAACAAGAGGAAGACACGUGCUCAAACCUCCCAAGAUUCAUUUGGCAGCGAUCAUCAGCACACAAUAAAUCCAGCGCCGAAUGAACUGCGCCUGGUUCUGCUGGGAAAAACAGGUGCAGGGAAAAGCGCGACGGGAAACACCAUCCUGGGAAACAAGCACUUUGAUGACGGACUGAGCAUGAGCUCGGUCACAAAAGAGUGCAAGAGAGAGAGCGCAACGGUGGAGGAGCGAGAGCUGGUUCUUGUCGACACACCUGGUUUUUUUGACACAGACUUGACAGAUGACGAAUUAAAACAAGAAGUAAUACAUUGCCUGGCUUUGUGUUCUCCGGGUCCUCAUGCGUUUCUGCUGGUGGUGCAGAUAGACCGAUUCACAAAGGAGCAGCAGCACACCGUAGAAAUGAUUCUGGAGAUGUUUCAUGAGGACAUCACUCAUUACACCAUCCUCAUAUUCUCUCACGCGGAUAAACUCAGAGGAGAAUCCAUUGAAGGGUUUAUUUCAAAACAAAAUCAGAAAGUGCAGGAGCUCGUGGAGAGAUUUGGGAGGCGUUUCGUGGCCUUCGACAACACAAACCCUACAAACCGGGAUCAGGUGAGUCAACUCCUGCAGAGGGUUGAUGAGCUGCUCGUUCGAAAUGAUAACCAUCACUUCACCAAUCCAAUCACAGAACAAAUGCUGGCAGCGCAGAAGAUAAUAGAAGAGAAAAUGCAAUCUAGUAUGGCCGAAAGAAUGAAGAAAAUUAAGAAGGAGGUGAGGAAACUGGCUGAUGAGCGAUGGCGUUCAUUUAUUGUGUCCAUGAAUGAAGAGAGGCAAGACACAGAGAGAAAAAGGAAACGCAUGCAAAGCGGGAUUGAUCAGAUAGAGAAGGAUAUAAGGAAAGAAAAGAAGAAUGUGCGACCGAUCCCAGCCAGACUGAAACGGUACAAAGCAUCUCUGAAGAGAGAGCUGGAGAAACUGAGCAGACUGCUGGAUAAAGAGACGGAGGAGGAGGAGGAGAGAAUUGAAAGAAAAGAUAAAGAAAAGAAGGACCUGGAUAUCUGGAAGAAAGAAGAGGAGCAGAGAAGACUGAGUGAAGAGAGGCAGAACUAUAAACUUUCUGAAGAUAAUAAGAAAUUGCUGAUUAUGCUGUCCAAGUUUAUGCUGGGGGUCGGAGCUGCAUAUGCACCUGCGCUCCUGGCAUUUCUGUUCCCUGCGGCUCCAGCUGUGGAAGUCGGAUUUUCUGUCCAGUAUUUGUCCAGCUUGCUCGGCUUUGGAGCUGCAGAAAGCGGGAGUUUUUUUGGGACGGUCGCUGGAGCUGCAGUGAAAGCUGCAUCUGUAAAGCUGGCAACACUGACACACUGCUUACGAGGGAAUGGAGAGAGUCUGCCUUGGUCAGAUGCCUACACUGCCACUACUGAGGGUGAGCUGAAACUGGCCUCUGCAUUAUUUGAUGACUUGGAAGUGGAUGUUUACCCGAGUCUCUCGUCCCCGCUGGUUCCACCCAGCUCAAAGUCUCCUACGUCCCUGCUGGUUCUGCCCAGCUCGAAGGCUCCUGUGUCUCCAGAGCCCACACCCAGCCUCCCUCUUCCGCUAGUUCCCUUCAGCCCCUCGGCUCCUCCUCUGAAGCCACUCUAUUGUGUGGAAUUGACUCUGGUCUUCCGGUCUCCAGCUCCGCCUAAUCAAGAGGAUCCCCUGGCUCCACCUCCAGCUGCCGAGCCCCUCUCUCCACCUCGGCUCAUUGACCAGUCGGCUCCACUUUGCUCCUCCUUCCCUCGGCUCCACCGGGCUACCUCGUCCCUCCGAGUCUACCUUGGCAUCGCCUUGGUCCUCAGUACCCCGUCUCUGCCUCAGUCCUCUGGCACCCUGGCUCCACCUUGGACACUCGUCACUUCGGCUCCAUCCUCUGUCCUCUGGCACCCUGGCUCCACCUCUGACACUCGUCACUCCGGCUCCGCCUCAGCCUCCAGGACCAUCGGUGUCGUCCAGUCUCAAGCCCAGGGCUCCACUUCCAUCAGCCUCGUCUCCACCAUGGCUCCUCCCUCCUUUGACUCCACUGUGGGCUCCUCCUGCUCCUGGCUCCUCCCACUUUGCCAUGGUCCGUUCAAGUCUUCCUGGGAAGUUCGUACGUACGAGGUGGGAAGUCGUGUUUACGACUGCAGGUGCGCUCAAGUCACUUUGGUCAGAGCCAAGGAGGUGGAGGCAGAGGCAGUGGUUGAUAAGGGCGUUGAGGAUGCAUCGCUGCUUGCGCUGGUACAGGAGGAACUGGAGCUGGCCCUAUAUGCUGGUACUGUGACCGCAGUGAGGCUGGCGCAGCUGGGUGAACUGGAGUCGGCUGAUGCUGUGGCUGUAACUGAGAAUAGGCAGGCUGAACAGGCUGAGCAGCCGUGGGGGGCCAUGAGUCUGAUCGUCGGAGUUCCGCACAUGGCCUCUGAGGCUGUGGCCCAGGAGUGCCCUGGCUUGUAUAGGAUAUUCCUGCAGCGACCUCUGCUGAUGAAGAAUGAACAUGACGUGGAAGUGGAUAAUCAAGCACAUAAUCCUCCAAGUAGGUGGGCACCCGCCGGUCAAGACAAGGAACACGGGACACCAGAAAACAUGUCCAACGAAGACAGUGUUCCUGAUGUCCAGCUGAGGAAAAGGUCCAACAGUGACUCGAAUGAGAGAAAACACACAAACGAGAAACCUGCACAAACGGACUGCAAACCCCGUCCAGCGCGGAGCGAACUGCGCCUGGUUCUGCUGGGAAAAACCGGCGCAGGGAAAAGCGCGACGGGAAACACCAUCCUGGGAAACAAGCACUUUGAUGACGGACUGAGCAUGAGCUCGGUCACAGAAGAGUGCAGGAGAGAGAGCGCAACGGUGGAGGAGCGAGAGCUGGUUCUCGUCGACACGCCGGAUUUCUCUGACACGGAUCAAACGCUUCGGAAGCUUAACCGUUGCCUGGCGUGGUGUUCUCCGGGUCCUCAUGCAGUUCUGCUGGUGGUGCCGAUAGGCCGGUUCACAGAGGAGCAGCAGCGAUCCGUACACAUGAUUCUGGAGAUGUUUCAUGAGGACAUCACUCAUUACACCAUCCUCAUAUUCUCUCACGCGGAUAAACUCAGAGGAGAAUCCAUCGAAGGGUUUAUUUCAAGAUCGGAAAAUCGGAAAGUGCAGGAGCUCGUGGAGAGAUUCGGGAGGCGAUUCGUGGCCUUCGACAACACAAACCCUACAAACCGGGAUCAGGUGAGUCAACUCCUGCAGAGGGUUGAUGAGCUGCUCGCUCGAAAUGACAACCGUCACUUCACCAAUCCAAUCACAGAGGAUACCGAGAGAAUAUUAGAAGACAGAAGACAAGCGGAUGUGGCUGAAAGAAAGAGGAGAAUCACAAAUGACGUCAGAAAACUGGCUAAUGUCCGCAGGGCUGCGUUCAGCACGUCCGUGAAGGAAGAGCGGCGGGACUCGGAGAGAACACGGGAACGCACAGCGCCGCCGCUCCCACCACGCGCAUCACGCGCUGUGCGUAGGGCACCAACAGCGGCACUGCAACGCAUACGAGGCGGGAUUGAUCAGAUAGAGAGGGAUAUACAGAGAGAAGAGGAGACUCUGCGACCGAUCCCAGCCAGACUGGGGCGUCUCAGAGCGUCUCUGAAGAGAGAGAAGGAGAGACUGAGAAGACUGGAGGAAAGAGAGAAGGAGGAGGAGAAGGAGAGAACUGAGAGACAGAGGAGAGAAAAGAAAGAUCUGGAAAUCUGGAGGAAAGAGGAAGAGCAGAGGAGACUGAGCGAAGAAGGGCAGAGCUGGGAACUUGCUAAAGAUGAGCUCAAGAAGAAGCUUUGGAUUCUGUGUGUGUUUUCACUGGGGUUACUGGUUGGGUUACUGGUUGGAUUUAUACUCACACUUCUACAGAAAACAUCAGAAGAUUGUCCACAGAACUCUUGGUUUGAUAACAUUAAAUGGAAACGCUGA